AUACAGGAAAAAAUGAAGAAGAGAAGAAAGAAAGAGCAAAAAAAAAAAAAAAAAAAGUGUGAUUGCCCUAAGUUCAAGAUCAAUUAUCCAUUUCAGAAUUAGCUGCACAAAAAUGGCAGACAGUGGCGUAAACUCAGCCGAUUUGGAGAGAAUUUUCAAACGAUUCGAUGCCAAUGGCGAUGGCAAGAUCUCGGCAACAGAGCUGGGAGAUGCUUUGAACGAGUUCGGAGUUAGUUCCGAGGAUGCCAAGAGGAUGAUGGACGCCAUUGACAAAGAUGGUGAUGGCUACAUUUCCUUCCAAGAAUUCUUUGAUUUCGCUAAGGAUAAUCGCGCUUUGAUGAAGGAUUUCGCCAAGGCGUUUUAGAUUUUUUUAUUUUAAUGGAAGGAUCUGAUUAUAUGAAUAUGGUUACCGUGAAGGAGACGCUUCUUCUUCCUUUUGUUUUUUCUUUCUUUUGUACCACACACACACAUAUAUAAACAUAACAUAUACUGUGCUUCUCUUCAUGAACGUUAUAAAUGUUAUAUUUUUCGAUUAAGUUUCAUUUUCAUUUCUAAACUUUAUAGUUGGUGU